AUGACACCGUCGACAAAAAGAGCAAGAGAAGUUGACUCGUCGUCCGCGCGCUUUGAGUCGUCUGCAAAACGAGGUCGCACAUCAUCGACACAGAUUGCCAAUCGCUCAUCGACUAGACAACGAAAGCCGCGAAGAGAGCCGGAGUGGGCUACACCGGAGCAGUACUGGGCCGCCGGAGAGUCUCCAGAGUGCCCAUCAAGCCUGGAGUCUACUGGAAACAACCCGGGUGUUUCAGAUGGUGCUACCGUUGCAACAGACACGUUUUCGGUUCGGCCAACUGUUGAGUAUGCACCGCAAGAGGACCCCGUCAACGAUUUCAUCGAUGAGUGGACCAUGCAACAGAACGCCGACACAGAGGUCAUCCUGACGACCACACAUGUUCCCAAGAAUCUCGCAAUGUCUCCCAAUACGACUAGGAAAGGAGAGGCCGCUGAGAAACCGAACAUGGCAUCAGAGGUCUUAAGCGUGCAUCCUUUAACUAGGACUCUCAUGUCCGAACCCGUUGUCCCUGAAGAAACAGCCGUCAAAGCCGGCCCUCAACACAGCGAUAAUAUUGAAUUGAAAAACGUCGACCCGAAAACUGUUGUUGCGCAGCCCAAAUUUACCUACACAAUUAUGACACACUAUCCGAAAUACAGAGAGCGGCACUGGAAGCCAAAAAGAGGUUUCGGGCAAAAGACGCUUUCUGAACUACUGACUGAGUUUCCAGCAUGGGUACAGCUGUCUGAUGUAGAGUCACUCCAAUUCCUCAUGGAGACCUCAAAUACAGAGGUAGAGGAUGUCAUAGAACUGGGACAAGAGAAGCAGUUCGAGGAGAUGAAGGCGAAGUUUGAAAAGGCCAUUCGUAUGGAAAUCGCCAGGGCAGCAAACAGCGGCCAAGUACUAGUAAAAAUCAGCAUAGACGUGCGGACUGGGAGGGACCCACAAGAGGAAGAGAUGGACAUUGAAAACAUCAGGUUCUCAUGGUCCUGA